UAAAUAAAUAAAAUAUUGGAAAAGGGGAGGAGGGUGAGUAAAAAACGCGGCGACGAGAGUAAAACCCAGUUUCUCCGUUGCGUCAUCUCUCCGGCGAAAGCUUUUAGUGCCCUAAAUCCCCAUCGUCGCUCUUCCUCAAUCUCUCUUUCUCCACUGAUUCAACUUCUCCAUCCCACUCGUUUCCCUCGCCAUUGCUCGUCACAGUGAAGCCCUAGCUAUUUCCUUUUUCUCAACGGUGAAGAAGAGUUGGAAUUACUUAUUGCUUCUCUCAUGGGGUUUUGUUUGGGAUUGGUGAUUCUGUUCGGUGUUUCUAUCCGAGUUGAAGAUUAGGGUUUUUAGCCAGUUUCGCCGAUGGCCCCUGGGCGUAAAAGAGGAGCGAACAAAGCCUUGGCCAUAGGUGACCUGAGAUUGGGUGAUCUCGUUCUUGCUAAAAUCAAAGGCUUCCCUGCUUGGCCUGCUAAGAUCAGCCGUCCCGAAGAUUGGAAACAGGUUCCAGACCCAAAGAAACACUUUGUUUAUUUCUUUGGAACACAAGAAAUUGGUUUUGUUACGCCACCUGAUAUUCAAGUCUUCACUACCGAGGCGAAGGAUAAAUUAUUACAAAAAUGUAAAGGUAAAACAGUCAAGUACUUUGCACAAGCCGUAGAGGAAAUCUCCGCUGCAUUUGAAGAGUCGCAGAUUCACAAGUCAGAUAUAUUGGAUCCAGCAGUUCAUGACGGAAAAUCUGAUAAGUUUGAUUCUAGGUCUGAUCCUUGUCCCGGUAAAUUAGUUGAGGAUAAUGGUGCAGAGACAAAGCCUGGCUUAGGAGAGCAAGAUCCGUCUAAAUCAAAUGACAGAACCACAUCCCAGAGUAGUGAGCCGGUGGAGCAUGGAUCACUUGACCCUAUCUUAAAGGUAGCAGAUUCUAGGGAUAAAACUGACGGUGUCACUUGCACUGACCAUGGAAAGAAUUCGGCCAAUGGUCAGAGGAUAAUCAAGAAGACAGCUGGUGACACGAAGAAAAGAAGUAAAGAUGAGGUUCAUAGAGCCAAACGUGUGCCUGAUAAUCGAGCAGCUACUGACAGUCAUCUCCUAGGCCAGAAAAAGGGCAAUAAAAAGGGACAAGAGCAUGGCAGUAAAAUAGAAUCUUUUGACAAUAAGGUUGUUUUGGAUGUGAAAAUCGCUAGUUCUAAAAAGUCGAAAGAGUUGCUGAAAGAGAAACCUAUCGCCCGAGUCUGUGGUGAGAUUUUAGAGAAGAAAAAAAAAUUUGAAAGCAAACUAGGAAAGUCUGCAUCAGGAGUAGAUGAUAGUGAACGUGCUGCUAAAAGGCCACGGUCUGAAGAUGCGAAGGAUCAAAAACAAUGUAAGAGAAAACAUCUUCUUCCUGUUAGUGAAGGCAAGGCUGAAGUAUCUGAUUCUACUGGCGUUGUAUCUAGUCUAAAGCCUGAGACUGUGUUAGGUGCCCAGGGAGGAAAAAAUCAAUUUGAUAAGGAAGCAGUCGCUUAUACUAAGCGCCGCAAAGAGACAGUGGAGCACACAAGUGUUUCCUCUUUUUCUCGGUCUCUCAAUAAAGAGGGGACAAAUCAUCCUGAAAAGAAGAUAACUUCAUCUUCUGAUAGCGAUGUGAAGGUUCCAGCUGCUCAGCUGCCGAAGAGACGGAGGGCGGUUUGUAUCUAUGACGAUGAUGAUGAUGAUGAAGACCCAAAGACUCCAGUUCAUGGAGGACAUACCAAUGUUCCCAAAGCUAAACUAGCUUCUACGGGUGGUCCUAAAAGUGCUUAUGCAUCCCAUGAUACUUCUAUUAAAGUAAAGCUAUUAGCUGGAUCUGCAGAAAGUGCAAAAACUGGGAAAGUACAUCUGUAUCAACAAAACAAGAAAAUGGAGGGGUAUAACUCACCUAUGGGAAAACCAGUCAAGGCGUUUCUCCCAAAGAAUAUCAAGCCGAACUUGAGUUCUCCUAAAAAUUCCCAUCAGUUGGUUUCAUUUAAGAAACAGGUGACAGGACAAAAUAAAACUCCAAAAGUCUCUGGUUCAGGAAUGCCAGAUAGCGUGGAGGGUCCUUCAAACAGCUCCUCUGUGGGAAAACCAUUCAUCGAGCUGCCUCCACAGAAUGUCAAGCAGAUAUUUAGAUCUCCUAAUAAGUCUUCUCAGUUGUUUUCAACUAUGGAGCAGGUGGCAGGACAGAAUAAAGUUACGAAAGUCUCUGGUGUGGGGAUCCCAAAAAAAUGCCAAGGUGAUUUUUCCAAGGACGCAAUGGCUGGUUCAGAUAUAUUAAGCUCUUCUCAUUCAGAGACAACAAAUCAGAGAAGCAAACCAGCUUUGGAAGAAAACCCAACAGGCACUCCAAAAGUUGCAACUUGUCUGAACGAUGUUGGAGUGUCAACAGGCAUUUCUGUGAACUUGUCCGCUGACAUUAUUACUGGCAAUCAAGAAAAUGGAAGUGCCACAUUGAUCAGUUCUUCGAUGCCAGAUUCUUCUUCAUCUAUGAAGCAUCUAAUUGCAGCUGCCCAAGAAAAAAGAAAACAAGCACAUUCACAUACUUCACCUAUUGUGAAUAUUGACCAUAAUUCCUUUACCAUCGAUCCAAUGCAGACAAGUCAAAGCCCUUUCAUGGUUCAGAAUGUUUCAUCUUCUGCUGGCGAUGCCAUGCUGAUUGUUGCUGAGGAACCUCAAGAAGAUUCUACUCCAUCAAUUCAUGGCCACCAAUCCUCAUCAAGUAACCAAGUGGGGACUGAAGAGAAGGAAGAGAGAAGAUUUAGUUCAGGGCAUAGGUCGGUUGAGGGUUCACUGAGUGGUGCCACUGAGGCUGCGAUUUCUCGAGAUACGUUUGAGGGAAUGCUAGAGACCUUAUCCAGAACUAAGGAAAGUAUUGGACGUGCAACACGCAUGGCAAUUAAUUGUGCCGAGUAUGGGAUUGCCAGUGAGGUUGUGGAACUUCUCAUUCGAAAGUUGGAAAUUGAGCCUCAUUUUCGUCGUAAAGUGGACUUGUUCUUUCUCGUUGAUUCGAUCACCCAAUGUUCCCAUAAACAAAAAGGUAAAACAGGCGGUUUGUAUAUUCCUACUGUGCAGGCAGCCCUUCCACGCCUUCUAGGAGCUGCUGCUCCUCCAGGGACUGGUGCUCGUGAAAAUCGUCAUCAAUGUCGCAAGGUAUUGAGGUUGUGGCUUAAGAGGAAGAUUUUCCCAGAUUCUCUUUUACGUCGUUAUAUUGGUGAUAUUGGUGCUUCUGGUGAUGAUAAAACUGUUGGGUUUUCCCUACGACGUCCUUCUAGAUCUGAGCGUUCUGUAGAUGAUCCUCUAAGGGACAUGGAAGGGAUGCUUGUUGACGAGUAUGGGAGCAAUGCAAGUUUUCAGCUGGCAGGCUUUUUAUCUUCUCACAAUUUUGGAGAUGAUGAAGAAGAUGAGGAUCUUCCAAGCACAUCACAUGAAGUUAAAAACACACAUAUAGAAGAACCAGUCCAUGCGUUAGGCAAGUUAGAGGCACAUGAUAGUUCGAGUGAUAAACCUCACUGUGUAGUAGAUGUCAGUGGUGUACGUGAAAUGGAAGAUGCGUCUUGUCAGCUGACAGAUGACGUACCUUCGUAUGUCUGUGGGAUUGGAGCGAAGGAGGACUCACCGGCUGCAACCUAUGCGACUGAGAUCCCUCCUUUUCCAGCAUGUUCUCCUUCGCUACCUCAUGAAUCGCCUCCAUCUCCCCCUCCUCUACCUCCUUCUCCACCACCGCUGUCUCCGCCUCCACCCCCUUCAUAUCCAUCGGAGCUGCCAUUUGCGCCACCUCCCUCUGAUCAUUUUUUUACUCCACCACCCGCUCCAUUGGCACUUCCACCGUCUUCACAAUCUAUAGCUCUAACUCGACCGUCAAUGCCUAGCCAUCCUUCAUUACUAAAUAAACCAGGAUUCACUAACCCAGCACAUGCAUCAUUUCAACAUGAAUACCAGAUAUCUAUGCAGUGGAACCAACAGCUUCGGCCGAGCAAUACCUCUUUUCUACAGAGACCUGUGAUUAGGAAUCUUGCCCCAGCACCAUCCAGCCAUUUUCCGUUUCCAAGCCUUCAAUCAGAACCCCAGCGUUCCUCCUUUCCUCAUCCUUACCCUUUUCCUUCUCAGUCAGUUGAUGGGCAGCGACAUAUGAAUGAGGAAGCAUGGCGGAUGUCUUCAAAUGGACGUAAUGCAGAUACUCUAAAUGGAGCCUGGAUAAGUGGAAGAAAUCCAUUUCCAGGCUCUCUUACUGUUACAGACGGUUUCUUUCAGCCGCCUCCCGAAAGACCUUCAGGGACAAUGAGCUAUCAGUUUGCUGCUGAUAACGUGCAAGGUGGCCCGACAAUUACAGGUCAUGGUGCUUCGCAGAUGCUUCCAUCUCGGCCAGACGUACCUUUCACGGCUCGAUGGAGGCCACCCUGAAGUUAAGUUCGAAAUAGAGAACCUGCACUUUCUUCCAUAAAGGGAUUUUUUGGCGGUAUAUUCACUUCCAGAGGCAUCAAAACUCUGCAGACUAUUGUCAGGAUAUUGCUAUAUGUUAUAAUUGUUCCUGACGAAUGUAUCACCGGAUCAUAUUCUUCACAGUAUAUGCCCUAGUUUCUAAUUUGGUUGUCUAGGCUGAAUGCCUUAGCAGGAACGAUGACGCAUGCAUUUCUCAACAACUGUGACUCCAUUUACCCGGUUUUACAAGAAUAUCCGUAUCGUUAUCUUGUGCACUGCUUAUCUGAAGUUGUUGAGGACUUGAGGUUUUACACUGGAACCCGGAGUGGUGGAAAUGGCGUCCUGUUUGGAUCAAAUUUCGGCGUAAUCUCGAGGUUUUUGAUUAGAUUUUGUGGAACCAGAGUCAUUGGGAUUAACUCAGACUUAGAAGCUUAUGAUUGGUUCUCUGAAGUCGGCAGGUUAGGUUUUUCUUUUGCAUUCUCUCUUUGAAAGGUACAGUUGUCAAAAAGAUUCACCAUUUAGUAAAUACUUGUUUGAGCAUCUUUUUUCUGGUUAGAAUUAUUUUCAAUAAAAAAGCAUUGAUAAAGCUAUAAGUAUUCUAAAAUUUUGUGUUCAUAAAAUAGCUACGAAGAGUCAAAACCGGUUAAAGCGCAUCUCUAUAUCAUGUUAAACGAUCUACUAGAAUAUUCUAGAACUGAAAAGAUCUAGCUCAUCUCACUGUCAUACAAGACUAUGGGACUUUGAUAAAGUGAUUUCAAUAAAUAAUGUUUGUCUACAUGAAGUGAAAUUGGAUUUGCCAAAACUGUCUAAUUCUGAGCAAAAAGGUUCGAACUUAUACACAUAUGUUGCAAGUUGUGCUAUUAAAUUUUUUACAGCAACAGCAGAAAAAACCCCAAAAGAAUGUCGGUAAGUGUAGAGUGGUUGUGGUGGUGUGACGCGUUGGUAGCAGUAGUAAUGGCGAUAGCAUGAGCGAUGACAGUGAUGAAGUCGUAAGCGGCGAUGGAAAAAAAAAAACAGAAGCAUUGGUUGUGCCAGCCAGAAGCAGCCGUGACGGAACAGUGUCUACUUUUGUAGAUGUUUGAUUUUAUAUAACACUUGCAAAUUUUUAUGUACAUUAGUUUGUUGGAUUACGCUUUGUAGUUUAUUGUUGAUUGUUGAGAUAUAAUUAGAUAAGUUAGAUCUACUCGCAAAAAACUAGCCCAUAUUGAUUUAAAAAUUCAGUCUAAAA